CAACAUGGCGCGAAACGCAGCAAAGAACGCUGUCUACAACUCGGCUACUACUUAUAAAGACAUAUCACAUCAAGUAAUUUCAUCGUACUUCAUUGGACCACAAGCCGAAAACCUUCCCUACUUCAAGGAGAAUAUCCAUAUCAUUCUCGAAGAGCUAGAAAAGGCUAGAAAAAGCUACUUCCCUGAAGAUGGCACAUUUAUCGAUGAACAAAUACAGAAUACUCCUGCAUUUCUAGCCUCGAUGGACAAGAUGACGAGAACUGUCCGCAAAGCAGCGAACAUUCUAGGUCGGAGCAGCAUACCUUUCUGGUCACCACGUUACGAAGCACAUAUGUGUACUGAUAUGAGUAUGGCCUCAUUGUUAGGAUAUUUCAUGACCAUGCUAUACAAUCCAAACAAUGUCGCCAUCGAAGCUAGCCCUCUAACUACGGUGGCGGAGAUUGAAGUCGGCGAGCAACUAUGCGAGCUGUUUGGCUACAAUAUCGACCCAAAUAACACUGAAGCGCCUACAGCAUGGGGUCACGUAACCUGUGGCGGGCUGGUAUGUCCCCGAGUCUCGAAACAUUCUCUAGGAGAAGGCUUGGCUUACCAGUAUGAAGCUCGAAACUUGAAGUUUUAUCCACUAUCGCUGCGUCAAGCCUUCGAGAGGGGGCAAGCCUUUGACUUCCUAUCAGAUAGCUUUCACGUCGAGAACUGCCAAGGUACCCGUAAACUUUUCACAGAGCUUUCGACUUGGGAGCUUCUCAACCUCAAACCAUCUGACAUCCUCGAACUCCCUGAUCGGCUAUAUCAAGAACAUGGGAUAUCAAACGCAUUUACAUCUGAGAUCUUGACAAAGUUCACAAUCCAAUCUACAGGGAAAGACGUACUAGAACGAACCUACCAAGUCAAGCCGUGCCAAUACAUGCUGGCGAACACUAGGCACUACUCAUGGCCCAAAGGAGCCGCAAUUGCCGGGCUCGGUUCUGAUAGUGUCAUUGGGAUUCCUGUUGACCUGGGGGCUCGUGUUGAUAUGAGAGAACUCGAGAAGGCGCUUAGGAAAAGCCUUGAAGAGGAGCAACCUGUUCUCGCCGUGGUGGCAAUUAUAGGUUCGACGGAAGAGGGAGCGGUUGAUCCGCUGAGCGAAAUUCUCGCAUUGAGAAAACAACUGCAAGCUGAAGGAUUGUCUUUUUUGGUUCACGCUGAUGCUGCGUGGGGUGGCUAUUUUUGCUCCAUGCUACCCAGAGAAUAUCGCCCUGGCGAUGUUACCAAUAUUUCUACCGAUAUGGGCGACGGUGACGGAUUUGUUCCGGAUGCAAGUUUGAGAACUAAAACACAGGAGGAUCUAUACGCUAUGCGCUACGUCGACUCCAUUACUGUCGAUCCCCAUAAGUCCGGUUAUAUCCCCUAUCCAGCGGGUGGCCUUUGUUAUCGCGAUGGACGGAUGCGUUUCUUGUUAACUUGGACAGCGCCUGUGCUGUCACGUGGCUCUGUGACAAGCAUUGGGAUAUAUGGUGUUGAGGGCAGCAAGCCGGGCGCUGCGGCAAUGUCGAUUUGGCUAGCCAACAAGAUGAUCGGUCUAAAUCCAGAAGGGUAUGGGUCGCUUCUAGGAGAGGUGACUUGGACAUGUACACGACUCUCUGCGGAAUGGGCAGCUUUGACUGAUUCGAGCAGCCCCUUUAUCUGUGUCCCGUUCAACAUGCUGCCAUCUGAGCUCGGGUCAAAUCCGACAGAGGAGAAGAUCGAGGCAGAGAAACAACGCAUUCGUCGGGACAUCGUUAACAAGACGAAUGCCGAAAUCGCCAACGAGGAUCGGACGCGGCCAGAUGAAGUCAAAGCCAUGAAGCUGAUGAGAGAGUUAGGGUCGGAUCUGAACAUCAAUGCCUUCGCGCUAAAUUUUCGGUACGAAGAUGGGCGGCUCAAUGAUGAUAUUGAAGAAGCCAAUUAUCUCAUGCAACGCGUAGUGGAAACACUCUCGGUUGAUAGCCCGACAGAUGAUCCUACUAAGAUCCCUUUAUAUCUUACUUCGACGGAAUUCUCAGAUGAGCUUUACGGGAAGUGUAAAAUGCACUUCAUGAAAAGACUUGGCAUAGAGCAGAGCACACAAAACUUGAUGGUGCUGCGAAACGUCGUCAUGUCGCCGUUCCCCACGGAUGGAAAUUUCACAAACGACAUAGCUCAAAAAUUCUUUGAUAUCGUCGCAGCAGAGGCUGAGGUUGUUCGCAAAAGGAAUACACUUGCACCAGACUUCCAUAACUUUCUUAUUCAGGGAACAGAAGUCAUAUAUCUCAUUCACCUGCCGAUGUUCCAUGUCGCCAACCAUCGACAGCAGCUGAUCGUCUCUGCCAAGUUUGACAAGGCAUCAAAGCAAAAAUAUGUUGCUAUGAAGCGUUCGUACCCAGCUGAGCCAAUGAUCCUCGUGACGCAGAACAAGACAUUUCUGAAAGACGUGGUCGACAAUUGCGGCAGGUUCAAAGCACAGGUCAUGACUAAAGAAUCUGGUAUCAUUCUCCGAAACGUUGACGUAGUUGUUCAAAAGACGAUCGUGUCUCGUCCUUUGAACUCCAAAUACCGCCUGAAAGAUUACCCGCUAACCUUCAUGCCAUUCUAUCUCUACGGAAAUGAAAAUGAAGCCUAUAUCGAUCAUGUCAUCACCCGUGCGCCGAACACCCAGCUAUCGGCAGGGAGGUGCAAACUUGAAUGGUAUAAAGAGCAAAGCCUCGAUAUUUGGGAAAGACCUCUGGUUUUGUUACUAGAGAAUGUUCGCGAAGCACCCAUGCAGCCUCUUCCGCCCAACGGGGAGAUUGGCUGCAAGUACGGCGCAGUUGUCGCGCACAGUGUUUCCCAUCGAGUGGACACUCUUGUGAAACUACCAUCGAGAAGCAACGGCCAUGUCAAAACAUUACUCGGACACAAUCAGAAUGGGACAGGGGGACUCGCCAGCCUAGUCGACAACUUUGUCGACGAGGUCAUUAGGGUACAUAGGGAAGAUGAGUCAGCUAGCCCACACAAAGCCGCCAAGCUAGUGAACAGCGAGACACGCAGUGGCACCAUAAAGGGGGCUAAUUUCUUCUUCCGUCCCGGCGCGACAUUCAAAGUCGGGGUUUGGGAAGAUGGAGAUCGAUCCAAUGAGAGCUCCCGAUAUGCCAGCUUCGAGCUGGGCAAGUUCAUCGGGCGCGGCACGUUGACUCUCGGGGAUAGUGUGUAUGUCGAUAGCGAGGCUAUGAAUUUCGAUCCCUUCAAGAAGGUCGAGAAGGUAAGCGAAUGGAGAUACGAGUUCAAUCAGAUUGGAAAAGAGCUAGAUUAG